AUGAGCCAGUCAGCUGCCCCCACCUCUGCGACCAACUCGGUCCUGGUGGCAUCAGAGCCCAUCCCAGAGGGAACUCACCAAGUGAGUGGUGUGGACUUUGAUAAGUUUCAAGGCCGCGAUAUUACUGUGGCCGAAUUGGUGGACAAUUUAACCCAUACGGGUUUCCAAGGAAGUGCAGUUACCGAGGCUGCCCGAAUUAUCAAUGAAAUGCGCGCGUUCCGCGACCCCGAAACUGGAGCCAAGACCACCAUUUUCCUGGGCUAUACUUCGAACCUCAUUUCCUCCGGCCUGCGCGACACUCUUCGCUACUUGGUAAAGCAUAACCAUGUCUCGGCUAUUGUGACCACCGCUGGUGGUGUGGAGGAAGAUAUUAUCAAAUGCCUGGCCCCGACCUACAUGGGCUCGUUCACAACACCAGGCGCCGGAUUGCGCGCCAAGGGUCUCAACCGUAUUGGCAACUUACUGGUGCCUAAUAAUAACUACUGUGCCUUUGAGGAUUGGUUAAUUCCGAUCUUGGAUCGCAUGUUAGAGGAACAGGAGGCUGCCAAGCGUAAGGCUCAAGAGACUGGGGAUGAAGAAGAUGAGCUCCACUGGACCCCCAGCCGGAUUACCGAGCGACUAGGUCUGGAGAUCAACAAUGAGGAUUCCGUCUUGUACUGGGCUGCAAAGAAUAAGAUCCCUAUCUUCUGCCCCGCUCUGACCGAUGGAUCCCUGGGGGACAUGCUCUAUUUCCACACCUUUAAAACAUCACCCCAGCGACUCCGAGUGGAUAUUGUGGAUGAUGUGCGUCGCAUCAACACGAUGGCAGUGCGGGCCGCACGGGCAGGUAUGAUCAUUCUUGGCGGCGGCGUGGUCAAGCACCAUAUUGCCAACGCAUGUUUGAUGCGCAAUGGGGCGGAACACGCAGUCUAUGUCAACACGGCCCAAGAGUUCGACGGCAGUGAUGCAGGGGCCCGCCCGGAUGAAGCUGUCAGUUGGGGCAAGAUUAAAAGUGACGCUAAUGCUGUCAAGGUGUAUGCCGAGGCCACUGUAGCAUUCCCACUUAUCGUUGCUGCCUCAUUCGCCCGAGCGUCGCCUUCACAGAACUGA